CAGAGCCGGUGACGAGUCACGCGGAAGCUAGGCUUUCCAAUCUCUCAUCAUUCGCCGCACGCAUAUCGCCUCCAUUUUAAUAUCUCGACAGAGGAAAGAGGAUUCAGUUCCCAUCGUCUGCAUUAUUAAUAUUUCAUCAGCGCUUUUCCUCGGUGUGGUGGUGUAAGACACGCAGACUGCGUGGUUGGCUGCGCGUCUCUUUUGUUUCCUGGAGUCGAGAUGAUGCUGAAGCUGCGUCGCUCGUGCCACCCGCUGUAGAGCAAUAUCAUCAUCAUCAUCAUCAUCAUGAUUGUUAUCCACGAGCCCAACAAGAACAAUUUGGAGUAACAAAACCGGAUGGCUGUCAAAAUCAAGUGUUCCGGAUCAUACUGAAGUUAACGGGUUUAAGAGAGCCUCAGUGGCGGAAAGCAGUUGAAGGCACAAAUGAAAUUCUCUGAAGACGACUAAGAAUCUGGGAGACAUUGUUAACACACACAGUCACACUUACACGGCUACACACACACACACAUACACAUUUAUACACACCGAUGGCACUCGACAACACCGGCUUCUCCUCAUGCCCUGAAUCCCUGUCUCUCCCGGUCCCAGAGAAAGGGGAGGAGCCUGUGGAGGAGGCUCCAAAGGAUGCUCCACCCACCAGUGUACCGAACGCGUCUGAGGAGCUGGGCCAUGUGGUAACCACCGAGAUAGCUCCGCCCCCGAAGCCGGCAUCCAAUAACAGCAUGUCCUUCCAGGACAAGAUGGCUGCAAGGGAGGCACAAGCCAAUCAGCCCAGGAAGAAAGUCCAGGGGGCGGGGCAAGAGAGGGGCAGGUUCGGCUGGGCACGCAGCAAGCGUAAGAGGCAGCGCUAUGUGGAGAAGAACGGUCGCUGUAAUGUACAACACGGUAACAUGCGGAAGACGUACCGUUACCUGACCGAUAUCUUCACCACGCUGGUGGAUCUGAACUGGCGCUGCUCUCUUCUUGUCUUUGUCAUGGCGUACGCAGGGACCUGGCUCUUCUUUGGAGCAAUAUGGUACCUCAUUGCAUACUGCAGGGGUGAUCUGGAUCAUUUAGAGGAUGAGUCGUGGACGCCGUGUGUGAAUAAUGUAAAUGGAUUCAUCUCUGCGUUUCUUUUCUCCAUUGAGACGGAGACGACCAUUGGCUACGGUCACCGUGUCAUUACCGAUCAGUGUCCCGUUGGCACAAUGUUACUCUUGCUGCAGGCGAUACUGGGAUCGAUGGUCAACGCUUUUAUGGUUGGAUGUAUGUUUGUGAAGAUUUCUCAGCCAAACAAGCGUGCCGAGACGCUGGUGUUUUCUCGUAAUGCUGUCAUCUCACAGAGGGACGACAAGCUUUGUCUGAUGUUCAGAGUCGGAGACUUGAGAUCUUCCCACAUCGUGGGCGCCAACAUGAGAGCCAAACUUAUCAAAUCCAAACAGACGCAAGAGGGUGAGUUUAUUCCUCUGGAUCAAACAGACAUUAGUGUGGGUUUCGAGACCGGAGAUGAUCGUCUGUUCCUGGUAUCUCCGCUCGUGAUCUCUCACGAGAUUGAUGCUCGCUCUCCAUUCUGGGACAUGUCGCAAUCCCAGCUGGAGAAAGAGGACUUUGAGAUCGUCGUUAUCCUGGAAGGGAUGGUGGAGGCCACAGGAAUGACCUGUCAGGCGCGGAGCUCCUACCUGGGUGAAGAAGUCUUAUGGGGUCACAGGUUCAGCCCCAUGAUGUCACUGGCCGAGGGAUUUUUUGACGUGGACUACGGCGCCUUUCACCACACGUUUGAGGUGGACACGCCCUCCUGUUCUGCGAGAGAGCUGGCAUUGGCCGCUGCUCGUUUGGACGCUCACCUCUACUGGUCGAUUUCCAGUCGUCUUGAUGAAGAGAAAUGGGAGGGGCCUAAUCUGAGUGUGCAAACGGGGAAGUCCAAUGAAUCUGAAUCUGUAAGGGAGGGGGAUGGGCCAACGCUUAUUGUGGGUGGAGUUACAAAUACACAGGACCAAUCAGUUGUUGGGGAGCAGAACGGCAGUGUCACGACUGACCAAUCAGAGUCUGAGGCUUGAAAGGCUACAAGAAUGUAAAAUAAGGUACGCAAAGUGUACAAAGUGGUCGUGUAAAUAUAACUUCAACUGGAUUGUUCGAAGAUCCAGUUUAUAUUCUUUUAAGGGUUUAAAUGUAUAGUCGCUAAUGCCUAGCAUAGAAUACUUUCCCCAAAGGGGAAAUACUAGCGUCUCCUUGCUGUGUUUUCAGUCGAUGUGAUGUUUCAGACGACACUGCCUUCGAAUGCACACAUUAGCUCUGUUACAAACUGUAGUGAGCUCUACAUACUGUAGUAAGCUACCUUCUAAGGGAUCGUCCUAGCUGAAACGAAACUUCGUAAGUGACCGAUUUGAAAUGCUUUACACGGCACAAAGAGCGCUUUUCACAGGUAGCCACAUUCAAAUAGAGUUAUAUUAGUUUUAAGUCAAUUUAAUAAAUACUUUUCAGUAAUAAAUAAAAUAUAGUAUAUUUCUAACCUGAUUUUUCUCCACUUGGAUGAUAUUUUUACUAACCUCAUAGCUUUCUGGGAUUGCAAAGGUAUCGUAAAAGAAAUAGGAAGCACAAUGUACCUUUUUGGAGUAGCCUUCGCAUUUGUGUGUCCAAAUGCUGUUUAGGUGGGCAGCAUAGUAGUAUAUGGAGCCGAGCUAAUACUUUGUGUCUGAUUUGUAUUUGUACCAAUCAUAUCCGUAUCUAUCAGGCUUUAAAGGAACAGUCCCCCCAAAUGUAAAAAUUAUUUUAACCCAGAAUAGCUGAACACAAAGAAAUGGUGUAAUCUUUAGAAAACUAACUUAUUUAGCAAUCAAUAUGUCAUGUAUCCAUGGAAACAUAAAGAUUCGAAUAUGGUGGAAAGUCAAUAGUGUUGAAUCUCAUUGACUAAUAUCGUAUUUACGAGAUGAGCGCGCAUGGACGCCACCACAAAGUCGUAAAUACCACUGGGAAACUAAAUGAAAUUUGAAAGCUUUGAGUUUACGAGUUGUGGGUGUGUCAUGGCAGAACCAAUAAAAGCAAUGCCUUUAGUUGACGGGUGUAAGGCAUUUUGUUUACAGUUAAUUUAGCUAAAUAUGAUAGCACAGUAAUAUAACAGUUAAUAUAUAAUGUUACAGUUUAUAGUCGCUCCAUAAAUUAAUUAAAAAACAUAAAAAGGGAAACAUGCCUGAUGUGCAUUUUUUUGUAAGUAGAUUUAACAAUUGAAUAAAAGAAGAGACGCCGGCAUCUUCUGCCGAUGAAAGUGACUAAAAUGCAUCUGACGUCGUAAACACGAUACAAACACCCCAGGAUGACUUAUACGCACCAAAUGUGUUUCUUCAAUUUGUUUAACUAAAAAAAGGAAGUCAUAUACAUCAGGGAUGGCAUGGGGGUGAAUUAAUUUGGAGAGAAUCUUCAAAUAUGGCCGAACUAUUCUUUUAACGUUUCUAAUGCCAUUCUUCAGGAGUUCUGACACAUCUGACAAACCUGUACUAUUUCUGAAACAAUCUUUUCGAGCACGUCUGUGCAGGUUGUUUACAGUCACGUUGGCUAGAUUCACAUGGACCUUAAAAAAGAAGCGAAUGUGUUACUAUGGCGACAAUGCAUUCCAGUUUGCACUAUCACAGCAGAGGUUAGCAUUAGCUAUUAAGAGUUAGGCAGCAUUAAAAUUAGCACACGCUCAUAUUACUGCCGGCUUCUGCCUGGGAAAGUCGAACCACAUGCUGAAUUUACUGCCACUGCUUCAUGCUAGUGGACCAAAAAAUGUCCCUGAGCUGUCACUGGGGCAGUA